AUGAGCCGCAGAGUCUCAGUGUGUGAGAGCAGUGGACACACUGACACCCCCGUGCUGUGUCCCCACAGAGGCUGGCCAGCAGAUGGAGACAUGAGGAACAUGAGGAGGGGCUGUGUUCGGCUGGUGUGGGACGUCCUGACGUGGCUGCUUCUACUGCAGUGUCCAGCUGUGUUUGGCAAAGUGCUAGAGGAGACCUACCGAAAGUGGAUGCAGUAUCAAGAGGACUGCACUAAGCUGAUUGAAAGUGAGCCUUAUCCUUCAGGAGUUUUCUGCAACAGGACCUUUGACAGGUAUGCUUGCUGGCCAGAUGGCUUGCCUGGGACUCUGGUCAAUGUGUCCUGCCCCUCCUACCUCCCCUGGUUUGAGAAAGUGCAUCAGGGCGUGGUGCGACGCAAGUGCGGUCCAGACGGUCAGUGGGUCCAGGAAGACAGCGGGCAGCCUUGGAGGGACAUGUCACAGUGCGAAGAAGAGCAGGAAGUAACAUCUCAGGAGCUGUGGUUCAAGCAAAUGAUGGUGAGCUUCAGAAUGCUCUACACGGUGGGGUACUCGCUGUCUCUCUUCACCUUGGUUUCCGCUCUGGUCAUUCUGUUGGGAAUCAGGAAACUGCACUGCACCCGGAACUACAUCCAUGCUAACCUCUUUGUGUCAUUCAUCCUGCGAGCACUGUCAGUCAUAGUGAAGGAUGCUCUGCUGGAACGCCACUGGGGCAGAGAGAUCAUGGGACAGGCCGACCUGGGAGAGAUGCUCAGCCACCAGGCUGCCAUUGGAUGCCGGAUUGCCCAGGUGGUGAUGCAGUAUUGUAUUCUGGCCAAUCACUACUGGUUCUUCGGAGAGGCCAUCUACCUGUACACAGUGCUCAUUGCCUCUGUGCUCUUAGAGAAUAACAAAUACACUGCCUAUAUUUGUCUCGGCUGGGGAACUCCUAUCAUAUUUGUUAUUCCAUGGACGCUUGCCAAACUACUUAAGGAAAACAAAGAGUGCUGGGCAGUCAAUGAGAACAUGAAUUACUGGUGGAUAAUCAGAUUUCCUAUUCUGUUUGCCUCACUGAUCAACUUGGUGAUCUUUGUGAGGAUCUUGAAGGUGAUCCUCUCCAAACUACGAGCCAACAGUCAGAACGGGUAUCCUGACUACAAACUCCGGCUGGCCAAAGCAACCCUGACCCUUAUCCCCCUCUUUGGGAUCCACGAGGUCGUCUUUAUCUUUGCCACCGAUGAACAGACCACUGGUGUCCUGCGCUACAUCAAGGUCUUCUUCACCCUCUUCCUCAGCUCCUUUCAGGGUUUCCUGGUCGCUGUACUGUACUGUUACUCCAAUAAAGAGGUGAAGACGGAGCUUCAGAAGAAACUGCGCAGCUGGAGGAUGGAGGUGGGCGUGGCCUGCUGCAGGCAGUGA